AUGAUUCGUCCCGGGAAGCGGAGCUUUCAAGCGGCGUUGAUCUUCCUGUCCGUCGCCCAGCUGACUGCAGGUCUGAGGUGUGUGUGCCAGCUUUGCGCCAACCACACCUGUGAGACGAGCGCAGAUGGAGCCUGCUGGAACUCUGUGAUGCUGAUUGAUGGGAAGGAGGAAACGGCCAAGUCGUGCAUGUCGCCCUCUGAGAUGAAGGGUCAGGUCUUCUGCUACAGCUCCCGAAAUGUCUCAAAGAGGAACUGCUGCUUCAUUGAUUUCUGCAACAAUGAGACUCUGCACCUACACCCAGAGAGGCCUUUGGAAGAACCCGGCUGGAGCACGCUGCAGCUCUCUGCGGUGAUCCUGGUGCCCUCCUGCCUGUUGUGUGUGGGGAUCCUGUUGAGUGUGUUUGUUGUGCAGAGCCACCGCUGUGUUUAUAGCAGAGCCCACAAGCAGGACCCAGAGGAGCCUCUGGAGGACCAGAUGCUAAUGUCACACGAAAAAUGUCUCAAAGAUCUGAUCUAUGACAUGAGCACCUCAGGCUCCGGAUCAGGUCUGCCAUUGCUGGUCCAGCGGACAAUAGCUCGGACCAUUGUCCUGCAGGAGACCAUUGGGAAGGGUCGAUUUGGGGAGGUGUGGCGGGGAAAGUGGCGAGGAGAGGAUGUGGCCGUGAAGAUCUUCUCCUCCAGAGACGAGAGGUCGUGGUUUCGUGAAGCGGAAAUUUAUCAGACAAUCAUGCUCAGACAUGAGAACAUCUUGGGCUUCAUUGCUGCAGACAACAAAGAUAAUGGCUUGUGGACCCAGCUCUGGUUGGUGUCAGAGUACCAUGAGCAUGGCUCCCUGUAUGACUACCUGAGCAGGUACACAGUCUCUCUGGAAGGCAUGAUCGUCCUCGCUCUGUCCAUAGCAAGUGGACUUGCACAUCUCCACAUGGAACUCAUUGGAACACAGGGGAAACCUUCCAUUGCUCACAGAGACCUAAAGUCGAAAAAUGUCCUGGUGAAGAAGAACGGCACAGCGGUCAUCGCAGAUUUAGGUUUGGCUGUGAAACACGACUCCAGCACCAACUCCAUUGACUUACCGUCCAACCACAGAGUGGGAACCAAGAGGUACAUGGCCCCAGAAAUCCUGGAUGAGACAAUCAAUAUGAACUGCUUUGAGUCAUUCAAGAGGGCGGAUAUCUACUCGCUAGGCCUGGUGUUCUGGGAACUGGCCCGAAGGUGCUCUGUUAGAGGACUUCAAGAAGAUUUCCAGCUGCCUUACUAUGACCUUGUGCCUUCUGAUCCAACCAUCGAGGACAUGAGGAAGGUACUGUGUGAGCAGAAACUCAGACCCAACGUUCCCAACCAGUGGCAGAGCUGUGAGGCGCUGCGUGUGAUGGGCAAACUGAUGAGAGAGUGCUGGUAUGCCAACCCGGCUGCUCGACUCACUGCUCUGCGGGUCAAGAAAACAGUCUCUCAGCUGUCUUUCAUCAACGAUGUCAAAGAUUAG